GCUCCCCGCAGCGCUUCCGCCCGCCCGCCCGCCGCCGGCGCCAUGGCGGGGAAGGGGCCCGCGGCCGGCGCCGGGGUGCUCCUGGUGACCGCCAACGUCGGGUCCCUCUUCGACGACCCGGAAAAUCUCCAGAAGAAUUGGCUCCGGGAAUUUUACCAGGUUGUACAUGCACACAAGCCCCACUUCAUGGCUCUGCACUGUCAAGAAUUUGGAGGAAAAAACUACGAAGCUUCCAUGUCUCAUGUGGACAAGUUUGUGAAAGAACUGUUAUCGAGUGAUGCGAUGAAGGACUACAACCGAGCUCGAGUUUACCUGGAUGAGAACUACAAGUCACAGGAACAUUUUACGGCUCUAGGAAGUUUUUACUUUCUUCAUGAAUCUUUGAAAAACAUCUACCAGUUUGAUUUUAAAGCUAAGAAGUAUAAAAAGGUUACUGGGAAAGAAAUCUACUCUGACACUUUAGAGAGCACGCCCAUGCUGGAAAAAGAGAAGUUUCCACAGGAUUAUUUCCCUGAGUGCAAGUGGUCCAGAAAAGGUUUCAUUCGAACAAGGUGGUGUAUUACUGAUUGUGCCUUUGACUUGGUAAACAUUCAUCUUUUCCAUGACGCUUCCAAUUUAAUUGCUUGGGAAACAAGCCCAUCGGUUUACUCAGGAAUACGGCAUAAGGCUCUUGGCUAUGUACUUGAUAGAAUUAUAGAUCAGCGGUUUGAGAAAGUUUCGUAUUUUGUCUUUGGAGAUUUCAACUUCAGACUGGACGCCAAAGCAGUCGUAGAGACGCUGUGUGCGAAGGCCACGAUGCAGACCGUGCGGGCGGCUGACACCAAUGAAGUGGUCAAGCUCAUAUUUCGGGAAUCUGAUAAUGACCGAAAGGUCAUGCUACAAUUAGAAAAGAAGCUCUUUGACUAUUUUAAUCAAGAUGUAUUUAGAGAUAACAACGGCACCGCGCUUUUAGAGUUUGACAGAGAGCUGUCAGUCUUUAAAGACAGAUUGUAUGAACUGGACAUCUCAUUUCCUCCCAGUUACCCCUACAGUGAGGACUCCAGCCAGGGAAAGCAGUACAUGAAUACAAGAUGUCCAGCCUGGUGUGACAGAAUCCUGAUGUCCCACUCAGCCAAGGAGCUCAUUUUGAAAUCAGAAAAUGAUGAGAAGAUAGUAAUAUAUGACCACAUUGGGCCUAAUGUCUGCAUGGGGGAUCACAAGCCUGUGUUCCUGUCCUUUCGAAUAGCUGCUGGGGCAGGUAAACCUAUUGCAAAUGUGCACAAGUGUUGUGUCGUGCAGUGAUGUGGUGGAAAAAGAUGCCAACGGAACGAGAAGAUUUUCCGUGAAGCCAGCCUGUAGCAGGAGGGAAGGAGCACACCACGAACCGAAACACUUAAUCCUAACAGCUGUAUUGAUAAAUCAAGUCCCGAGUGCCACAUUUUUAGACUGC